AUGGCUGAAAACAAUAUCACUCAGGUGACCUUCUUCAUUCUCUCUGGAUUUUCAAAUCAUCCUGAACUAACAGUCUGUCUGUUUUUGAUAUUUCUCUUUAUCUACCUAUUUACUGUUUUGGGGAACCUCGGUCUCAUCGUGUUAAUCAGCAUGGACUCUCAGCUUCAUACUCCAAUGUACUUUUUCCUGAGCCAUUUAGCUUUUAUUGACGUAUGUUAUUCUUCCACAAUAACACCCAAAGCUCUGAUCAAUUUCCAGUCCAGCCAGAAAAGCAUCUCUUUUGUGGGCUGCUUCGCUCAAAUGUGUUUUUUUGUGGGUUUGGCAAGUAGUGAAUGUUUUCUUCUUGGCUCCAUGGCCUAUGACCGCUAUGUAGCCAUCUGCAAUCCCUUACUGUAUUCAGUAGUUAUGUCACAGACGGUUUGUAACUGGUUGGCAGUGAUGCCAUAUCUGAUUGCUUUCACUGAUUCAGUGAUAAUUGCCUGCGUGAUCAGUACCUUGCCCUACUGUGAUUCCAAUGUCAACCAUUUUUUCUGUGAUACCACAGCUCUGAUGGCUCUGUCCUGUGGCGAUAUUUCCAGCACAGCACUCAUGAUCUUUUUUUUAGCUGGCUUCACUAUUACUUUUCCACUCUUCAUUAUCACUGUCACUUACAUUGCCAUCAUCUCAUCAAUCCUGAGAAUCCAGUCUGCAGCAGGUAGGAAGAAGGCUUUCUCCACUUGUGCAUCUCACCUCAUGGGGGUAACUAUUUUCUAUGGCUCCCUGACUUUUACCUAUUUGCAGCCUGAUGACUCCUUAUCCCUAACUCAGGCACAGGUGGCCUCUGUGUUCUAUACCGUUGUCAUCCCAAUGCUCAAUCCAUUGAUCUAUAGUCUCAGGAACAAAGAUGUAAAAAAUGCUCUCCUGAAAGUCAUACAGAGAAAAGAAUUUUUCAUGAAGAAUCUAGGAUGUUUUAAAUAA